CGUUAGCCAUGGCUGGAGGGAGGGCUUUAUAUGCAGGCUCUCGUGUUUUUCAGUGGUUAGCUAAUUUUGUAGGUCUGCCAAUAGAUCAGUUAAAUUUCAUAAUCUCUCAAUCUGUCAUGUUGUUGCUUGCUGUCUUGUAUAGAAAAGUUCUUCGUCAUCAAAAUGUGUCUGUUGAAACACGUCAGAUUUUUACACUUAGCUGUGGAAUUGCUUUAGGAUACUUCUGUUUUGGACAUCAGAUCAGCCAUCUGUGUGUACAAGGAACACUGGCGUACAUCGUUAUGAACAAUGUAAACCCUGAGAUUCUACACAGGAGGGUCCUCUUUAUCUCUAUGCUGUAUCUAUCCUCACUCCACCUGCUCCGGUUGCAGUACGAAUUUGGUGGAUGGACACUUGAUAUAACUGGUCCUGUGAUGAUUGCCACACAGAAAGUCACAAGCAUUGCCUUCAGUCUUCAUGAUGGUUUAACAAGGCCAGAAGAUAAGCUAACAGUUCAUCAGAGAAAACACAUCAUCAAACGCAUACCAACAAUGCUGGAAUUCUUCAGUUACAUCUUUCAUUUCCAAACACUCUUGUGUGGUCCUUUAGUAUUCUACAAUGAUUAUAUUGACUUUGUUAAGGGCACAAAUCCUCAAGUAUCCAAGAAUCCUGAAGAAGUCUUUAUUGAAUCUCCUCCACCUAAACAAGUUGUAAGGAAGCUUGCCGGUAGCAUUUUUUUCGGUUUAUUUCUAAUCUUUGUGGUUCCUUUCUUCCCAGUAAAUUAUUUGAAAGAUCCAAAGUACUUAUAUGAGACAUCUUGGUAUGGGCAGUUGCUUUACCUCGUUAUUUGUACAUCAUUUGCUCGGUGCAAGUACUAUCACGCAUGGCUUUUAGGAGAAGCUGUUGCUAAUGCUUCUGGUCUUGGAUUUAAUGGAUUUACAACUGAUGGUAAACCAAAGUGGGAUCUUGUGUCAAACAUCGAUAUCUUAAAGUUUGAGUUAUCAUUAAAUGUCCGAGAUACUGUGAAAACGUGGAACAAAUCUACACAGCAGUGGCUGAAGAUGAUUGUUUAUGACAGAGCCCCAACUCACAAGACUCUGCUAACUUUUCUUUUGUCAGCCUUGUGGCAUGGGUUUUAUCCUGGCUACUAUUUCACAUUUUUUGGAGGUGCCCUCUUUACCAUGGCUGCACGAUCUGUGCGGCGAAGUAUUCGUCCAUAUUUUCAAUCGAGCCGGCAGAUGGCUUUUGUAUAUGAUAUCAUUACGUGCCUUUCUACCAAAGUAGGCUUAGCAUACAUAGUUUUCCCUUUUGUUAUUGUGGAGUUUUAUGCUUCUUUACAAGUUUAUUGGAAUUUUUAUUUUAUUGGUCACAUUUUAUCCAUCAUUGCCAUCUUCUUGCUGCCCAAAGUUUUCCCUCCUCCAGAAGGCCAGUCUAAGAGUGCAAGGGAAGAAAUGGAUAAGCUGAUUCCUACUGCAUCAGAGAUCAACAGAUUCUUUCAAAGCAGAAAGGCUUUGAAUUAGCAAAGGAUGACUGAACAUUCAGUUGCUGUGAUGUUUAUUUUUCUAGCAGUGGAUUUAUUGUUUUACCAUAAUUUUAUGUUUUUAAAAUAUAUAUAUAUAAUUUUAGAAGCAUGUUUUGCUUUCUUUGUACUAUAAUGUUUAAUGUAUGAUUUUAUUGAUUUAGCUAGUGUUUCUAAGAGUUUUAGCUGAAUUAACAAACAAAUAUGUUGAUAUAUGGUAUAGUUUAAAGAUACUUAAACAGUUCUCUUACCUCAACUGUGGGUGUGCUUACAAUAACUUGUAUAUAUGAAAAUUUAGGAUGUUUCAGAAAUGAUUAUUUUUAUACCAUAUGUGCUUUUCUAUACCCGAGUGAAAUGUUUAAAUAACAUGUUUUCUCAAGGAAAAGUUUAUUUUUUAUAAAUGCUGAAAGAAGAAUAGUUUGGUUACAUUAGUCCUAAUGUUUGAACUAAAGCUGAAAGAAGAAUAGUUUGGUUACAGUUGUUCCAAUGUAUGAACUGAUGCUGAAAGAAGAAUAGUUUGGUUACAUUAGUCCUAAUGUUGGAACUAAAGCUGAAAGAAGAAUGGUUUGGUUACAUUAGUCCUAAUGUUGGAACUAAAGCUGAAUGAAGAAUAGUUUGGUUACAGUAGCCCUAAUCUUUGAACUAAAGCUGAAAGAAGAAUGGUUACAUUAGCCCUAAUGUUUGAACUAAAGCUGAAUGAAGAAUAGUUUGGUUACAGUAGCCCUAAUGUUGGAUCUAAAGCUGAAAGAAGAAUGGUUUGGUUAUGGUAGCACUAAUGUUGGAACUAAAGCUGAAUGAAGAAUAGUUUGGUUACAUUAGCCCUAAUGUUUGAACUAAAGCUGAAUGAAGAAUAGUUUGGUUACAGUAGCCCAAAUCUUUGAACUAAAGCUGAAAGAAGAAUGGUUUGGUUACGGUAGCACUAAUGUUGGAACUAAAGCUGAAAGAAGAAUGGUUUGGUCACAUUAGCCCUAAUCUUUGAACUAAAGCUGAAUGAAGAAUAGUUUGGUUACAGUAGCCCUAAUGUUUGAACUAAAGUUGAAAGAAGAAUAUUGUUGGAUUACAUUAGUCCCAAUGUUGGAACUAAAGCUGAAAGAAGAAUAGUUUGGUUACAUUAGCCCUAAUGUUGGAACUAAAGCUGAAAGAAGAAUAGUUUGGUUACAUUAGUCCUAAUGUUUGAACUAAAGUUGAAAGAAGAAUAUUGUUAGAUUACAUUAGUCCCAAUGUUGGAACUAAAGCUGAAAGAAGAAUAUUGUUAGAUUACAUAGUCCCAAUGUUUGAACUAAAGCUGAAAGAAGAAUAGUUUGGUUACAUUAGCCCUAAUGUUUGAACUAAAGUUGAAAGAAUAAUAAUGUUGGAACUAAAGCUGAAAGAAGAAUAGUUUGGUUACAUUAGCCAUAAUGUUUGAACUAAAGCUGAAAGAAGAAUAGUUUGGUUACAUUAGCCCUAAUGUUUGAACUAAAGCUGAAAGAAGAAUAGUUUGGUUACAGUUGUCCCAAUGUUUGAACUGAUGCUGAAAGGAGAAUAUUGUUGGAUUACAGUAGUCCCAAUGUUUGAACUAAAGUUGAAAAGAAUGCUUUAGGUUAAUGUUUAGUAUAAGAUCUAUAAAUAAAAAAAGACAAAAUAUUAAGACAGUAUUUUUUGUGUUACUUACUAAAGCUUUGCUCCAUGUGAAGGAGUUUCUUUGACUGGAAUGUUGGAAAGAUAUAACAUUUGUUUAAACAGUGUUCACCACAAAACUGAGAGUUAAUGCAGUGUUUAAACUUGUAUUCUGUCAUAAAGAUAGAUUCCAGAGAAAAGCAAUAAUACAGAAGGCUAAUAAAGAGUACAUAAAGUGGGAAAAACCUCCUGUGUAGUUCCAUUACAACAACUUAUGGAAAGAUUGUAUCACAGUACAGUACAGCUACGGUUUCCAUUUUUCUGUAUGCUGCAUACUCACACAAACUUCACUGUAACAGCUACUGUUUUCUAAAACUUUUCCCAAAUGGAAAUCCUAUUUAUAUGGUAUUUGAUGUGAAUAACAUUAGCAAGUAAUUUAAAUUAUAUUAACCUCUUACUUUUCUAAAAUGCAUAAGUCAAUAUUCUACAAGUUUCUGCUUAAAUCAGUAUAAAAUAAACCAAAAAACGUUUGAGUAAGGUAGUAGAUGUAAUAUACUAUGAGUAUUACAUGUUUAAACUAUUUUGAUCAAGAUAGUACAUGUAAUGUAUUGUCAGUCUUAUUUACCUGUUAAAACCAUUUUGAUCAAGACAGUACAUGUAAUGUAUUGUCAGUCUUAUUUACCUGUUAAAACCAUUUUUAUUAUAGACAGUACAUGUAAUAUAUUGUCAGUCUUACUUACCUGCUUGUCUUGUUUUUGACAACUUUCAGGUGUUAACAGUUAAGAAGUUCAUAUUUAGAUUUUAUUUAAUUUUGAAAAAUGGUUGUUUUGGAAUUCUCUCAAGUAUGUCUCUGGCCCUGAACUUACUUUACACCCAUAAUAAAACUUUGUAAAAGUAGAGGAAGAAAAUAUAAACCUAGCACAAAUAAACAAA